AUGUGUGUAAAGCAAGUUUUUUUUUCAAGAAACUCCAUUGAAGAUAGCUGGAGGUUUCUGUGGAAGCUCCUGGAUCAAGCUGUAAUUGCUGAAGGAGUUCAGCUGGGUCUUGAAGGUGUAGAUCUGAAGUUUAACGGCGCCAUUCACAAGGGUAUGCCCCACAAGUUCUACCAUGGCCGAACUGGGCGUAUCUGGAACAUCACCAAGCGCGCUAUUGGCUUGGAGGUUAAUAAGCAGGUUGGGAACCGCAUCAUUAAAAAGAGGUUUCAUGUUCGUGUGGAGCAUGUCCAGCCCUCUAGAUGCACUGAGGAGUUCAGAAACAGAAAGUUAAGGAAUGAUAAGCUCAAGGCAGAGGCCAAGUUAAAGGGUGGGGCCAUCAGCACCAAGAGGCAGCCAGAGGGUCCCAAGCCAGGUUUCAUGGUCGAAGGAGCUCAGUUGGAAACUGUCACCCCCAUUCCUUACGAUGUUGUCAACGAUCUCAACGGUGGUUAUUAGAUCUUUUUAUGUAUUAUUUUUUCUUCUCAAUGUUCUGUUCUGUUCUGUUCUGUUCUUGUCUGGUUUUGAUUUUGUUUUCAAGACUACCAAUGGAAAUGUUUCCUUAAUUACUUCAAGUACUCGAAGCCGUUGUUAGUUUUCAUAUUUUGAAUACUAUUCUAAGUACAAUUUUGUUUUAAAAAAUUUCUGUGCUAUUUUUGUUGUGU